AUUAAAGUACACAACACUAGAGAGGGAUGAACACUGCAAGGAAAUGAAACUUAAGUGAAAAUAAAUAAAGGAAAAAGAGGAGCUACCACACAGCUUGAAGAGAAGAGUUCACAUCUUUGAAAAAGGUUUAACUGCUGACACAAUCACAAUGGCUAAAAAUAUCUCCUGCCAACAUCGGUACUGUAAAAACCUGGCUGAAGAUUCAGUCACCAUGAGCUGUGGACACACCUUUUGCAAGAGCUGUCUGGAUCAUCAGGUAGACACCAGUGAUCCACAGUGUCCUCUGUGCCUCCAGGCUCUUCAGCGGGUGCAGAUGGCCAACCUGAGUCUCUACACUGGUAAAAGGGGUGAGAUCCCUUGCAACAUCUGUGGGGAAAGCCAGACGUUCAUAGCUGUGAAGUCCUGCUUGACCUGUUUACUCUCAUACUGUGAGCAUCAUCUAAAGCCGCAUCAGUCUAUGGAGAGGCUGAAUGGUCAUAAACUGGUAAAACCAGUGGAGAGAUUGGAUGAGAGAGCAUGCAGUGUCCACAGCAGACCUCUGGAUCUCUACUCUACCCGAGACAAACGCUGCAUCUGUGCCUUAUGUGUGAAACCUGGUGUAGAUGUCAUACCUGUGGAGACAGAGAGACAGAGGAGAGAGGUCGACCGGCAAAAUACUAUUAAAAAGUUGGAAAGCAUGAUCAGUCAGAGAGAAAAGAAACUUGAGAAUCUUCAAAACACAGUGUCAAAAGAUCAGGCUGAGAUAAACAGAGAGCAGACAGAGAUAAGGGAGGUGUUUACAGCAGUGAUGGAUGUUUUGAAGAGAGCUGAGGAGGAGCUGCAUGCUCCUCUAGAGGAUGGAAGAAGGAGUCUGGAUGAGGAGAUGAAAGUGAAGGCGCAGCAGGUUCACAAGGACAUUCAAAAGUAUACAGAAAUCAUCGACCGUUUGAAUCAAACUAAGAAUGAAGAAGACGACAUCAUCUUUCUCCAGUCAUAUCCAUCUGUGCCUACUGAAUUCAGAGAUGAUCUGAGAGUUUCUAUUGACACUGAACUAAACUUUGGCUCCAUGAGAAAUAUAACCACAUCUGUUUUGACUUCUAUUAGGACUCAACUGGAGAAUCUUUGCUCUUUUGUGGAUGUGACUCUGGAUGAAAAAAACGCACAUCCAGCUCUGGAAGUGUCUCAAGAUGGCAAAACAGUAAGAGGCAAAGCAAACGCUCAUGACAUUCCGGGCGGCCCAAAGCAAUCCGAUCUGAUGGAUGGAAUCCUGGGAAAUCUUCAGAUCAAGUCUGGAAAAGCAUUUUGGGUAGUGGAGGUGGGACAGAAAACAGGCUGGGAACUGGGUGUAGUGAGAGAACAUGCAAACAGGAAAGGAAAAAUCUUCUACAAACCCAGUGAGGGUUAUUGGGUCAUUGUGUUCUGUGAUCCAAACACGUAUGGAGCUUUUGAAGAAAAACCAAUUCAGCUGCAUCUCUCCACCAAACCUCAGAAAGUGGGAGUGUUUGUCGACUAUGAGAGUGAUCUCAUCUCCUUCUAUAAUAUGGACGAUCUGUCACAUUUGUACACAUUCACUCAGUGUAGAUUCAAUGGAACCAUCCGUCCAUAUUUUAACCCUCAUCCCAACAAAAAUGUCAAAGAUGCAGAUCCAAUGAUCAUUUCUUUUUUUUAAUCCAACUGAUAUGUGAGAGGUUUAACAUAUACAGUAAAUACCUAUAUAUAUACAUGACAAUUAAUAUUAUGAAACAAAGUAUAGUGUAUCAAAGUAUCAUAGUGAUCAGGGUACUGUGUGUAGGGUUAUGGUAAUAAUGAAUAGAGGAUAUAUUUGUAUGUAAUCAUAUAUUUUGAAGUGAUGAGUGACUAUUAGAAUUGUAUUCUAGUCUUCUUUCUUUAUAUCUAAAGCUAUUAAAAUGUUAAGUGACUUUUCUCUAAAUCAGGGUUCUUCAACGUUUUUGUGGGCAGGGACCCCUUAGAUGAGAGAGGCAUGGAGCAGAGAUCCCCUGCACUAAAUGUGUAAAACAGAGAUAUUAAAGUAAGCAGUAAGGUCCAAGAGGCUGCAUUUUUGUAUUGGGCACAAUGCAAAGUGGAGUAAAGUACAACUAUUGACCAAUCAGAAUCAAGGACUGGAACUGUUUUAUAAAUAGAAGCAAACCAUACUGUCAAAGCCAUACUAUAUCAAGACAGUACAUAAGCACUAUUAUUACACCGUUGUUGUACAUGCAUAAUUUUCUGUUUUUUUAAUUAAAGUAUAGUUUCAUUAUUAUUUUAAGGUAUUUGCAGUGUAAUAU